GGACCGAACUGCGGGCCUCUUUCGAUGGCACGGGCCGGGUUAGUCUCUCGAUUCAGCCCAUUAACAUACCCACGAAUCCCAAACCCGCACGCCUCUCCGAGACGCUUGAAAAUUCAAAAUGGCGCUGCUCGCCUGUCAAACCCUCCCUACCUGUCAGCCUCAGGCCCACACCACCGAAACUUUUCGAAAAUCCCAGCACGGGCUACACCCCUGCCUCCAACUCCCGGCGACCUCUCCUCCUCUUUUGCCGGCUCGUCGGCGGCAUGGGAGCGGACUACCCCAACUUCGCGGACGUCUCCGGGGCCAGCGCCCUCCUCUUCCUCGCCGACUCCUCGCCCGCACCGCCUCCGCCUCCUCCCGCUCUCAGCGACGAGAUCUCCUGUCACUCGGGCUCCUCCUCCUACUCCGGAGCGUCGGCGAGCUCGUGCGUUUCCGACUCGGCAAGGCGCGGCCGCCCCGUCGAUCCCCUCCGCGUGCUAGCCGUUGUCGCCUCCCUCCGCCGCAUCAACCCUAAGGUGCUCGCCGAGGCCACAAGCACGCUGUUCCACAGCGGGGCGGAGAAGAAGCGGAAGGGUGUGUGGAUUGAUAUCGACAGCUACUACGACGACGCGGACCAGAGCGAGAGGAGCAGCGCGGUGGCUAGUGAGGGGAGCACCGUCACGGCCGCCACGUCCGUGGGCUCCACGGCCACGUCGGGUAGAUGCCGCCGGCCUCCGCGGGCGAGUGAUUGUGGUGGUGGUGAGAAGCCGCCGAGGAGGGCAGACGUGAUCAUGCAGUGGUUUUCGCGGUCGCAAGCUGGGCCGGCCACGGAGAACGAUAUCCGCGCCGCGGUUGGGGACAACUCCGGGACAAGCAAAGCGAUACGCUGGCUGCUGAAGCAGAAGGGGGGCUUGCGGCGAGCAGGCACUGGCGGCCCCUUGGAUCCAUAUGUUUAUAUGGUCGCAGGCUGACCCGGUGAAGUUAUCUAAGUUGUGUUUAUUGCAAUGGGGAUGUUUACUGUAGGCUAUUGGAGAGGUCAAGUUAUCUUCUGAAGAGUAUUUAGUAAUUUCUGCAACCUGUCAUCUUAAUGUCCCAGUUUUGCCUUCCUAUGGAAGUUGUCACGUUAGCACUAUGAAGAUAAGCUCUUGGACAAGAUAUCGGAGAGAUAAAUAGAUAUAGAAUCUGAAGUAUAAGUUUAGUACAGAAAUUACAGUGAUGCAUCUAUCAUACUUCUUUGUUCAUUUAUGCUGAGCUGAUAUAUCAUAUAAUCGAAUAUAAUUUUUUGGAUAA